GCGGCGCGGGUUCUCGACUGAGGCGUAAGGGGCUACGACGGCAGCGGCUGCGCCGCCCGGCCGGGUCAGCGUCGUACGCAUGCGCGGACCCGGCGCCAUUUUGGUGGCCGGGCGCGGAGGUGAUUCCACACUUAGGAGAGCGCGGCGGCAGGGGUGGAGUUGGCAGCGUUCGUGUGCUGGGGUGUGAAUCGCAGAGGGAGGAGGCGGUGGAGGAAGAGGUGGCGGCGGUGGCGGUGGUCGUAGCGGUGGCGGAGGAGGCGGGUACGAAUCAGCUGCGGGCGGAGACAUGGCCAACAUCGCGGUGCAGCGAAUCAAGCGGGAGUUCAAGGAGGUGCUGAAGAGCGAGGAGACGAGCAAAAAUCAAAUUAAAGUAGAUCUUGUAGAUGAGAAUUUUACAGAAUUAAGAGGAGAAAUAGCAGGACCUCCAGACACACCAUAUGAAGGAGGAAGAUAUCAACUAGAGAUUAAGAUACCAGAAACAUAUCCAUUUAAUCCCCCUAAGGUCCGGUUUAUCACUAAAAUAUGGCACCCUAAUAUUAGUUCCGUCACAGGGGCUAUUUGUUUGGAUAUCCUGAAAGAUCAAUGGGCAGCAGCAAUGACUCUCCGCACGGUAUUAUUGUCAUUGCAAGCGCUACUGGCAGCUGCAGAACCAGAUGAUCCACAAGAUGCAGUAGUAGCAAAUCAGUACAAACAAAAUCCCGAAAUGUUCAAACAGACAGCUCGACUUUGGGCACAUGUGUAUGCUGGAGCACCAGUUUCUAGUCCAGAAUACACCAAAAAAAUAGAAAACCUAUGUGCUAUGGGCUUUGAUAGGAAUGCAGUAAUAGUGGCCUUGUCUUCAAAAUCUUGGGAUGUAGAGACUGCAACAGAAUUGCUUCUGAGUAACUGAGACAUAGAGCUGCUGAUAUAGUCAAGCUUGCCCCUUCUUGAGGAGCAUCAACAUCUGUUAUUUUUAGGAUUCUGCGUAGAUUUCUUUUAAACUGGCAUUCUUGCCUAAUGAUGUUAUCUAGGCACCAUUGGAGACUGAAAAAAAUCUCUGCUCUGUAAAUAAAGCUAAUUAAACGUCUCUGUAAAUUUAAAAA